UUUCUUGAUGUAAGCAUUACUUAGCUGUGAAAGUUGUCGGAGAGAGAGAGAGUUGUGUGACACCAUUGACGAGCUCCAUAGCUUUCUCGCGAGAAUAAUAAUAAUAAUAUUAAUAAAAAAACAGAAGAAAGUGGUUGUCUUCUCACUGUCUGUUCUAUCUCUGCAAUUACAAUCUGUUUUAUUUAUUUAUAUGAAAGUUUAGAAAUUGGAAUCUGUAGGAAGACAUUUGAAUUUGUGAUGGAGAGGAAAUGCGCGAUGGAUGAAAAUGCGAGAUCCAAACCAACUCUAAUGUUAUUGUCUUUCUCUUCCACCAACAUUAUCUUUCGUUGACCGUUGUUCUAGACUCACAACAACAACAACAACAACGUGUCUGUUUGCUCUUUUCAACUCACGUUCUUUUUUCCUUAUUAUUAUUAUUAUUAUAACUCUGACCUGAUUGGGGUCCUCUCAGUUUUGAUGCACGUUGCCAGCCAAAUAAUCAAGGUUUAUAUAUAACAAUAUGAACACGUAUUAUUAUGAUUGUUUGAGGUUUGAUUGAAAAAUGAGGAGGAAGUUACAUCUGAGCAAGAUCUAUUCCUUCGCAUGUGGGAGACCAUCUUUUAAAAGAGAACAUUCACAUAUUGGAGAGCGUGGAUAUUCACGCCAUGUGUUUUGCAAUCAACCACACACUUUUGAGUAUGCAGAUAAUUCAGUGAGCUCAACAAAGUAUACUCUUGCCACAUUUUUGCCCAAGUCACUCUUUGAACAGUUUAGGAGAGUCGCUAAUUUCUAUUUUUUGGUAACUGGUACUUUGGCCUUUACAAACCUUGCCCCCUAUACUGCUGCCAGUGCUAUUCUUCCUUUGAUUAUUGUUAUUGGUGCUACUAUGGUUAAAGAGGGUAUUGAAGAUUGGCGACGCAAAAAACAGGAUAUUGAGGUGAACAAUAGAAGAGUUAAAGUGCAUAAAGGUCAUGGAACUUUUGAAUAUACUGAGUGGAAGAAUCUCAAGGUGGGGCAUAUUGUAAAGAUAAUAAAAGAUGAAUUCUUCCCUGCAGACCUAGUACUUGUUUCGUCAAGUUAUGAUGAUGCAGUAUGUUAUGUCGAGACAAUGAAUUUGGACGGCGAGACAAAUUUGAAGUUAAAACAAGGAUUAGAAGUCACUUGUGCUUUACACCAAGAUUUUGACUUGUCUGAUUUUAGAGCUUCAAUCAAAUGUGAAGAUCCAAAUGCAAAUUUAUAUUCAUUUGUUGGGACCAUGGAGUUUAACGAUCAACAAUAUCCCCUAUCUUCUCACCAACUUCUUCUCAGAGACUCUAAACUUCGUAAUACAGACUACAUCUUUGGCGUCGUCGUCUUCACUGGUCACGACACUAAGCUCAUUCAAAACUCCACCCAUCCACCUUCAAAAAGAAGCAGAGUUGAGAAGAAGAUGGAUAAGAUUAUCUACUUAUUAUUUUGCAUUUUAUUUUUUAUGGCAGCUCUUGGAUCUGUUUUCUUUGGAAUUACAACUAAAGAUGAUUUGAGCCAACAAGGUGUGAUGAAAAGAUGGUAUCUAAGACCAGACCAUUCUACAAUUUUCUUUGAUCCUAAAAGAGCUUCUGCCGCUGCUAUGUUUCAUUUUUUGACAGCCUUAAUGUUAUACAGUUUCUUCAUUCCAAUCUCAUUGUAUGUAUCAAUAGAAAUUGUCAAGGUUCUUCAAAGCAUCUUCAUCAAUCAAGAUAUACAUAUGUACUACGCCGAAGCAGAUACACAUGCCUAUGCCCGUACUUCAAACUUGAAUGAGGAACUUGGACAAGUUGAUACAAUACUUUCUGAUAAAACCGGAACUCUCACUUGCAACUCAAUGGAGUUUAUAAAAUGUUCCAUUGCUGGGGUAGCUUACGGACGUGGUGUUACAGAGGUCGAGAGGGCCAUGAAUAGAAGAAAUGAUUCUCCUUUGAUUAAUGACAUCACGGAUUCUCCCAUUACAAAUGAACCCUUACCCAUCAAAGGUUUUAACUUUACAGAUGAAAGGAUAACCAAUGGAACCUGGGUUAAUGAGCCUAAUGCAGAUAUUAUCCACAAGUUUUUUCGCUUGUUGGCAAUCUGUCAUACAGCUAUACCAGAAGUGGAUGAAGAUGCAGGAAAUGUCUCGUAUGAGGCCGAAUCUCCUGACGAAGCAGCAUUUGUGGUUGCAGCCAGAGAGAUUGGUUUUGAAUUCUAUAAAAGGACUCAAACUAGUUUAUCCAUGUAUGAAUUGGAUCCUGUUUCUGGUGACAAGGUCGAAAGGAUUUUCACACUUCUGAAUGUGUUAGAAUUUAAUAGCACGAGGAAGCGAAUGUCAGUGAUAGUGAAGGACGAAGAAGGGAGAAUUUUGCUGCUGUGUAAAGGUGCAGACAGUGUCAUGUUUGAAAGACUUGCCAAGGAUGGUAGGGAAUAUGAAGAGAAAACCUUGGAAGAUGUGCAUGAAUAUGCUGACGCAGGUCUAAGGACACUGAUAUUGGCUUACCGUGAACUUGACGAAGAGAAAUACCAGGAGUUUGAUACUGAAUUUUCUCAAGCAAAAAUUUCAGUUAGUGCAGAUCGGGAAACAUUGAUAGAUGAGAUAACAGAUAUGAUUGAGAGUGAUCUAAUCCUUCUUGGUGCCACUGCUGUAGAAGACAAGCUCCAAAAUGGGGUUCCUGAUUGCAUUGACAAACUUGCACAAGCUGGAAUUAAGAUAUGGGUUCUAACUGGUGAUAAAAUGGAGACUGCCAUCAAUAUUGGUUUUGCUUGUAGUUUUCUUAGACAAGGAAUGAAGCAGCUUAUAAUUCAGUUGGAGAGUCCAGACAUUCAAGCAUUGGAGAAGGCUGGAGACAAGAGGGCCAUUGCAAAAGCUUCAAGGGAAAAUAUCCGGCAUCAGAUAUCUGAUGGUGCUCAACAGCUUGCCGCCUCUAGAGGAACCACUGAGCAAGCAUUUGCUUUAAUUAUUGAUGGAAAAUCACUUGCUUACGCUUUAGAGGAUAAUAUGAAGGACAUGUUUCUAGAUCUUGCAAUUCAUUGUGCAUCUGUUAUCUGCUGCCGGUCAUCGCCAAAGCAGAAAGCACUAGUUACUAGACUGGUAAAAUCUGGAACCGGUAAAACUACAUUAGCUAUUGGUGAUGGAGCUAAUGAUGUUGGAAUGCUUCAAGAAGCUGAUAUAGGGGUUGGAAUCAGUGGAGUUGAAGGAAUGCAGGCUGUUAUGUCUAGUGAUAUUGCAAUCGCACAGUUCCGUUAUUUGGAAAGAUUACUUCUUGUACAUGGACAUUGGUGUUACAGGAGGAUCUCAUCAAUGAUAUGCUAUUUUUUCUACAAGAACAUCACAUUUGGCUUUACUCUAUUCUUGUAUGAAGUGUGUACAUCGUUCUCUGGACAGCCUGCAUACAAUGACUGGUUUUUGUCUCUCUAUAAUGUCUUCUUUUCAUCACUUCCAGUGGUUGCCCUUGGAGUCUUUGACCAGGAUGUAUCUGCUCGGUACUGUCUAAGAUUUCCUAUAUUGUAUCAAGAAGGUGUGCAAAAUGUCCUGUUUAACUGGAGGAGGAUACUAAGUUGGAUGCUUAAUGGAUUUAUGAGUGCCAUAAUAAUAUUCUUCUUCUGCACAAACGCCAUGGAGAUUCAGGCCUUUGAUAAGGAAGGAAGAACUGCUGGGAGGGAUAUACUCGGAGCAACUAUGUAUACAUGUGUGGUAUGGGUUGUGAAUUUGCAGAUGGCACUUGCCAUAAGUUACUUCACAUUGAUUCAACAUGUUUUCAUAUGGGGAACCAUUGCUCUAUGGUACCUUUUUCUAUUGGUUUACGGUGCACUGCCUCCUGGAAUUUCCACUAUUUCUUAUAAACUUUUCCUUGAAACUCUUGCACCAUCUCCUUCUUAUUGGAUUCUCACAUUGUUUGUGGUCAUCACAACACUCAUACCAUACUUGUCUUACUCAGCAAUCAAGAUCCAGUUCUUUCCUUUUUAUCAUGAGAUAGUACAAUGGAUAAGGUAUGAGGGGAAGACAAAUGAUCCCGAAUUCUGCCAUAUGGUGCGCCAGAGAUCCUUGCGCCCAACCACGGUUGGUUCAACAGCACGCUUAGCAGCUAAGACUAACAGCAUUACAGAGAGUUCUACUAACCAAAGAUGAUAAUAAUAAUAAUAAUAAUAAUAAUAUAUACUUUUCUUCAACCUUCAGAUGAUCAAGUUUGUGUAUAGCAGCCUGAAAAUGUUUUGGAGGCUACCAUUGAUUGUAGCUUUUUCUGUGUAUAUCAAGAAUUCUUGUUACGACCAAGUAGCUUUGCUUCUUAUAAUAUAGAUAGAUACCAUGUCAUAACAGA